UUCUCUAACAGGCUGGAUGGAUUGAUGUCGUUCGGUCGUUUACUGUUAGUGUUAGCAUGUUUAGCGGGGCUUUUCAUCGGUGUUUUCCGUGUUCCACGAAGUGUCUUCUUUCCGAGGAACUUCCUGCAUAGUCUGUAAGAUUCAUUGCGGAUUGUCAUUAGUAAUCUCCGCUCAGACGUUGAAAUCGAGAAAAAAUGUGGCGCCGUUGUCAGGUGGCUUGAUAGCGAGGCCACCGCUAUCACCGUGCCGGCACGAACAGCUGACAACACUGCCAAUUGCCCAUGGAAAGGAAAGUGGACUUUGCCUGCUGUGAGCAUUCACUUGACUGCACAUUUGCCAGCCCAUGCGGCCAUGUUAUUCUUUGCAAACGAGUUUAGUCCUGUGAAGAUAACAGCGAUACCAUAAGUGGAGGUCCAGUCCAGUGUAUCCCAGAUACAGCACUCGUACCACCAGGGAGUUUGAAUGAGAAAGAUAAGACGCACUCGCAAGGCCAACAAUGGCGGACAAGGGUAAAGAAGAGGUGAUUCAGGAGAUUACCAGCGAGCUGGUACAAGCUCUGAAGGAAUCAGGCACCCGGAACAACAAGUCGGUCAAGACCAGCAGUACCCAAACGAAUGAAGUUCGAGUCAAGUUUGAAUACCAAGGUGAAAGGAGGAUAUUGCAAGUUCCCCGGCCGCUCAACUACAAUGACCUCUUGACUAAAGCCAGGACGGCCUACGGGGUCCCCGUAGACAUGCACUACACCACAAAUGAUGUCAACUCAAAUAUUGUCGUCCCAAUUAAGAGCCAAACAAAUCUCAACCAGGCUGUGGCGUUGAUGGACCACAACCCCACUGCCAAGAGCCUCCGCAUCUAUCUGACACCGAUCCAAACGGGUACCAGCACCGCGACCGUCGCCACAACCACUGUGGGAGGAUAUCACAAGGUAGCUUCGUCACCGGAGAUUCUCGCGUCACUGUCGGGACCCGGAUCGGGGUCGGUCACGUAUCACGAGAGUGUCACAGGAGGAGGGGAACUCUACGACACAGCUAUCCGCAGCGACUCCACCCACAAACCGACGACGCUGCGCUCCCAGUCAAUUCCCCAGGCGCCCACCCCCAAGGUGCCGCAGAACCUGACCAACAAGCGACAUUCCACGCCGGUGGAGAUGCCUGCCCGGGACACGCCCUCCCCGCCCCCGGGCCACGUCCCCACCGAGUCCAUGCAGGACAUCAUCCGGGACUCCACUUGUGGGGAAGGGCGGUUCAUUCCCGAGCCGGAGUCGGAGCAACAAGAUCAUGUGAUGAUCAGCAGUCCCAAUGGUAGCCACCAGUCACUAGACAAGCCAUUCUACGGCGGGAGCCAGUCAUUAGGAAGUACGAGUGGUAGAAUGUUCAGGGCACAAAGUACAAACAGCUAUGAAGAAUUUUCAAGUUCACAGUAUCCAGAGAGAUCAGGGAAGGGUGGAACAUUUCCUACGAGGUACAGCAUGAAGAACUCCCAGACAGAAUAUGAUGAUGGACGCAAGACGUUCCCCAGCCGGUCCCGCCGGCCCCAGCUCAGCCCCAGCCUGAUGAGCCGGGGGAGUGGGGAGGAGCGGAGCGAGGCCUACAGCCCCCACGGCAGCGAGCACUCACUCAGCAAGAGCAGCAGCAGCAGCGGCAUCGGGGCGGACUACGACACACUGGACAGCCGGCGCCGACGGGACAGCGAGCUGGAGCACUCCAUCAAGUCGCUGCAGGAGAUGGGCCUCAAGGAGAACGCCAAAUGUGAGACCAUGAUGUCUCCCCGGGCACCGGUCAACUGGCGCAAGGGCAAGAUCCUGGGUCAGGGGGCAUUCGGGGUCGUUUACCUCUGCUACGACGCCGACACAGGCCGGGAGCUGGCGGUGAAGCAGGUCCCACUGGACAAUAACAACACAGAAGCCAGGAAGGAAGUGAAAGCCCUGAAAUCAGAGAUUGAGUUGUUGAGAAACCUUCACCAUGACAGAAUAGUGCAGUACUUUGGAUGCUCCGAGGUCAGAGAUGUCCUGUCCAUCUUCAUGGAGCUGAUGCCAGGGGGCUCGGUGAAAGAUGAGCUGAGAAGUUAUGGUCCACUGACGGAGAACGUAACAAGAAAGUACACGCGGCAGAUCCUGGAAGGAGUUGCCUAUCUUCACAUUAGUCACAUUGUACAUAGGGAUAUCAAAGGUGCAAAUAUUCUGAGAGCGGGCUCAGGGAACGUCAAGCUAGCUGACUUUGGUGCAUCACGGCGGUUACAAACGAUAGCAAGCUACGUGACAGGCAUCAAGUCUGUAACGGGGACGCCCUAUUGGAUGAGCCCUGAGGUAAUCAACGGCAUCGGGUACGGCAGGAAAGCCGAUGUCUGGAGCGUGGGCUGCACGGUAGUAGAGAUGCUGACUACCAAACCGCCCUGGGCCGACUAUGAGGCAAUGGCGGCCAUCUUCAAAAUUGCCACCCAACCAACCAUCCCCCAGCUGCCCAGCACAGUGUCAGACGUGGCGCGGGACUUCCUGCAGCUCAUGUUGAUUCGAGACCCCCAACAAAGGCCCUGGUCACACGAGCUGCUCCGGCAUGAAUUUGUAAACAAUUUCUCCGUGGACUGACACUGCUGAGUGAAAUGUGGGAAAGCGGUAGGCCGUUUGCAUCGACGGGCAAGGAGAUAAUAUAUCGGUCUUAACGUUCAGCAGUAGGCUUUCCAAUUCUGAAGACACAGAAAACUGAGAUGUCUUCACUUCACUGGAUUUGAUACAACAGUGUGUAUUCACAUGCCUACCGUUACUUGUCUUAUAUUGCAGAAAACACAAAACACAUUCCUUGACUGAAAUGCCAGCCAUUUAUUUUUUCUCAGUUACUAGUACAGCCAGGAAGAUGUGCUUCAAACUAUAUCUGGAACUCAAAAUCACAUGGGUUUUGGGAAGAGAACAAGUGGUACUCUUGUGUAGACACAAGAAAGCAGCAUUGCAUCAUGUAUGACAGCUGGUAACCAAAUGGCAUCUGGCUCUGUGGCUGGUACCUAGUAAGUGCCAAGUCAUGUCUCCGAGGAACUGGCGACUGUCCCAAAUCUAUUUGCCUCAGAAAUGUUGAAGUGUUCCAUCAUCACUGAUAUUGAGCACAUCGUCACUGGUAUCCUGGAGCAUUCUUGAAUGUCCUGCAAGUUAUGGAGCACCAAGUUUGAUGCUGGUAGUCGUCCUGAAGUAAACUGGUUAAACGUUACGGGUACUACCGACACUGUCACCAGCACCCCACAGUAUCUUCUCAUCCUGUACUACCUUUUCUUUGCACAACUGUGUUGAGUGAUGAUACAGUGACUUACAUGUGCUUGACGGCCUUGGUGUUUGUGCAAAGGCCCCCCCAAAAAAGAUGGCAUCAAAGCCUGAAUGACUAUGGCUCAAUAAUCAGGAGCUUGUGCUCGGAAGCUGAAACAGAAAUAAAUAGCCCCGUGUCAACCACUUGGGGAAUCGUCUUUUCUUUUUUUUCUGCUUUUUUUUGGAGGGUGACAUCAUUUAGACACACAUGAGUACAAGAGUAACAUGAACAUAUGUUAGAUACCAGUCCCUUUAAUCGACCAAUUGCAAUGCAGAGGGUUCCCCCCCCCAAAAAAUGCUACGCACUAAAUACAAUUGAUGUAUCACCGCACUGGUCAAUGUUGCUGAAAUCAGAGGUGUGUGAUAUUUUUCACUGCAUGCCAUUUGUCAAAGUCCCAGCUGAUUCAAGUUGUUUGUUGGUUGCAGCUACCCCCAAAGUUGAAGAAAAUCAAAUUAGAGGAAAUACUUUGGGGGAAAACUGUGACUUUUUCUUACUUCCUUCUCAUUGACUGAUAUGAACGCAAAAGAAGUCUCAUCCAGUUUGUGUCCCAUGAAUGUGUUUUGAAGUGAACAGACAGUUGCAGGUCAACGUGUGGUUGAAGUCUUGUUACCUUUUGUCUGAAAAUCUUUUACAAAUUCCCCGAAACUGGGGAAAAAAAAGCCAUGGUUGCUGUAGAUGGGUGCAUUGAAUCACACGGAUAUUUCACAAAAUUGGCAUUGCAGAAAAAUAGCAAAAUUACUAGAAAAGACAUUUGGGUUCAAAUGUGACUCUAAACCCGGAUAUUAUUUUGUUGAACCAAGGCAGAAUUGUAUCCUGUCCCUGUUUUAGUUCUGUUGUAAAUAUAAACUGCAUAAAUAUGAUGUCACCACGGUCGUUCAAAAUAAAUUUGCAACUUACGUGACAGUUAAUGUACGUUCCAUGUUCAAAAUUGCGGCAAGACUGUUCUGUUGUACAUAUCAUAAAAACACUCUUUUUCGAUUGUGACGUCGACAUACAUGUAUAUUGCACGUUCCUUGUACAUAAAACCCAGGAACUGUCACAACGAAAUUUUUUUUUGAGAACUGUAAUUAUAAUAUAUCAUAUAUAUGAAUUUCUAGUGCAGACAGUUAAUCUGUAUAUUGAUUUUUUAUUUACAAACGUGAAAACAAAUGUUACCAUACUAUUUUUCUUCUGAAGUGCCUCCCUUUUAGGUCUGGGCAGAGGUGGACAGUGUGUAUACAUGUAUAGACAGUGAUUGGACUUUGGGUGUAAAAGAUUUGUAUGGCAAAGAAAAAUGGUUUCCUAAACAGGAAUGUGAGAUAUACAUAUAUAUAAAUAUAUUUUCAUUAAUGUAUGGGAACUUUGUUACUUCCUUUCGCCUGAUAAAUUGCACAACUUGAUGCCAAUAUUAGUUAGAUAUCUUUCACAACCGUCACUAGGACUUCCUAGUCUGUUCACCAUAGCCGCCUGGGAUAUGUUGCUGGGAAUCUGCCUGAAUCCUCUCAAAUCUCACACUGUUCCAGAAACCACUGGCACAUUCCACUCGGUGGCCCGGCCAUACACUCCCCAAUCCUGCAAAUGGCAUGCACAAACUAUGUAGGAAAAACUUUUGCCUAACACUGCACAACAAAUGCAGCCGGAGAGUGUCAGCUUGUGCUGUCAGAAGCGAAUGGUUCUUUGAUGCACAAAGUAUGCAGGUCCAGUCCCAAAGAAAGUAUGUCUGGGACUACUUGUACUCAAGUAAUCCACUUGACUUCACUGCAGCAACCUGUGCCAUUUGUACUAAAGAUGAGCGGAGGAAAUGUAUACAUGUACAUAAAAUGAGAAUCCUCUAACAUCUCUUCAGAACUGUUUUCUGCUGUUUGUUUUCUUCUCCCUUUGGAAGUGAAACAAAAUGUGCACCUGUUUCAUUAAAAUUCAAAGUCUUUAACGAGCACCAGCACGCAUCUACUGAUGAUCCGUAUCAUUUAGGACUGGUUUUCAUGAGGAGAACCAGAUGUUGAGGAUGAUACCCUAAUCAGUUGGCCUGUAGUCAUCUCUGAAUCCCCUUCCUAACUGGUUGCAGAGCCCACCAAGUUGUUUCAAGCAAGUGAGAGUAAGAUUUCUUUCAAUAGUAGUACACGUGGCGGCUGUUUCAACCCUCUACAAAUUGUGAUGAGACACGACUCAAUUGAGAGCAGUAGACAGCCACAUCUAGUGAAGAGCCUCACCCAAGGGUUUCAAGCAUUUUUGGUCCUCUGGUGACAUUUUGACCCCCAUUCCACAAGUCCCUCUCAAAAGCCGUUCACAAAACAAGGAAAUGCUCUGCAAAAGAAGGAAACCUUCACUUGUCAGCCAACCUCCACAACAAAACUAGAACGCCAAAUACUUUUAGAAUGCCUAGCUCUGGUCAUCCAGAUGGGUUUCAAUAAAUUUUAAGAAGUGCUUACUGAAAGUAAAUCAUGAAGAAAAUAUGAUUUGUCCAUGCUAUUUGAAUCAUAUUUUUUCUCUAGUUUAGGAUAGACCCCACCUUUCAGUAAUUUUGUAGUUCUAUGACAACUUGUCUUCUGAAGCAAGUUCGAGUUCUGAGCAUUAUCAAGUUGUACAUUGAGAUAUAUUGUAGUGGACAUCCUUGUCUGUUUUCUUUGUUGCACAACUGCAGUUAGUCCUUUUUCUCUCAACGACAGUGAUAAUUUGCAUGUAGUUGUCACACCUGAAAAACUGAUGUGUGUUCUGGGGGGCGGGGUUAAUCAUAACACUGGAAAUUAAAUGGAAUUAAGAGUAGGAAUUGAAUUCCUGAUUCUUACAUGUCCAUCAGUCACUUAUUUCGCAGCCAGCCGUAAACUUUGCAUUUAGGUAUCUGUGUGUGACAGUGUUACAUAUCAUGAUGACACUCCUGGAGGUAUAAUUUAAGCCCCAAACUGACUCACUGUAUGAACCAAAUUCAUGGGGGGGGGCGAGCUUGCAGCAUCAGCCACAGAUGUUUUCAGUUUAAUACAGUGGUGCAAUUGACACUGUGUUUAAUGAAUGGAAAGUUCAUGAGAAUGUUGUCAAUAACUACCUCUGCACCGUCUGGAGGGCAGGAUUGUAGUUGUUCACACAAGACUUUCUGAUUACUCCUUUGAAUGUUUCCCUGCACACAUUGACGAUACUAUGCAAAUAUGGCAGACUGCACCAAAGCCUCUCAUAAAGUUCAUGCACCAUUACAGUCGAAGAAUGCAGCAGCCAGAUUUUUCCCAAUAAAUGCAUUUGGCUGGGUGUAGAAUUUU